AUGUUGAGAUCUGUUUGCAUUUCUUCGCGAGGAGGCUUUGUAUUAUUCUCCGCGGACUUCGAAGGUAACGGUAAAAAUAUUCACAGUAUUUCUGGCCUUCUUACAGCUUUAACAGAUAUCUCAAAACGUUCAGUCGGAUGUCCAGUUUCAUAUGUUUUAAUGAAAAAUCUUGCUAUCACAAUAGUUCAAUCCGAAGAAACUGGUAUUAAAGUAAUUUUAUUCCACGAUGCAGCUUAUUUUCGCGUUUUAGCACAUAGAAUUGCAACAGAAAUUAUGAAAGCAUUUACAGAAAAAUUCCCUCCAAGCACAUAUAAUGGCAAUGAUAGUUCAAUCUUUAGACAUUUUAACAGUUCACUUGGUCCUGCUAUUCGCAAUGCUUCGUUUUUCAUAUUACAUUCUCUUAUAGAAAGAUUACGUGGUGCUAUACAAUUUGCUGUAGUUUUAAUAGAUGGCGAUGCUGCCUUUACAUAUCCUUCAAAUGCAAAUUCAUUAUCAGUUGCUGCGAACUCGCAAGCCCUGCAAUUUUCACUUAGCGAAAUAGCAGGUAUCACAGAUGAUCAACCUUACGAACUUAUUAUUGAGGGUGUUCAGAUAUUCACCCAUGUAGUUUUAUUUGGCACGGCUGUUGUAUUUCUUCAAAUACGUGCGGAUUAUCACAGUACUAAAGUUGUCGCAGAUCUAACAGAGACACUGGACAUGCUUAGAUUAUGUUUCCAAACUUCUGAAGGCCUCAUGGCUUAA